GUGAUGUAUACAUCUUUCCAAAUGUCUUGUCAAGUACCAAAAUAUCCAAUAGCAAUUAUAAAUGCAUCCCAACCAGAACAACAGCUUAUCAUUUAUACAUUCACUACAUACUCCUUGAAAUGGCAAUUUUGUAUCCUUUUGUCUACGCCUUUUUGGCCUUGCUUGGCAGCUUAGCUACUCCGCUGCAUUGCCUAGCCCAUAAUGAUCACAACAAACACGUUGCCCUCUUUGUGUUUGGGGACUCAAUCUUUGAUCCUGGCAACAACAACUACAUCAAUACUAUCACCGAUGCCCAGGCUAAUUUUCCCCCCUAUGGUGAAACAUUUUUCAAGAAUCCCACCGGCAGGUGGUGUGACGGUCGUACCGUGCCAGAUUUUAUUGCCCAGUUUGCCAAACUGCCAUUAAUUCCGGCGUAUUUCGAGACUCAGCAGCGUGGAAUUGUGAAUGGGGUGAACUUUGCAUCAGCUGGCUCUGGCUGUCUUGCUGAAACCUUUCCCGGUUUGGUAAUUGAUCUUCAUACGCAAGUGCAAUAUUUCAAGAAUGUUACAAAACAGUUGAAGGGGAAGCUGGGGGAUAAGGAAUCAAAUCAACUGCUGUCAAAUGCAGUAUACAUGUUUAGCACUGGCAACAAUGACUAUUUCAGCGUCUUCAGUCCCUUGUCCAACAACUCUGCCUUCUUUAAUUCAUUUACUCAUGACCAAUAUGUAAACUUGGUGAUUGGUAAUUUCACUACUGCUAUCAAGGAAAUAUACAAGGAAGGAGGAAGAAAAUUUGUGGUAUUUUCUACUGUACCACUAGGCUGCGUGCCAUCUACUAAGGUUCUCAACCUUCAACUAACCAAUACUAGUGGGUGCUUCAAGGAACUCCAGGAAUUGGCAAAUAUGCACAAUAAGGCUUUACUGAAAGAGCUCAUCAAUCUAGAGAAGACAUUACAAGGAUUUAAGUAUACCUACUUCGAUUUCUACUCCGCUAUCACUGACGUUAUUGCUCAUCCAUCCAGAUACGGUGUCAAAAAUGCAACCACAGCGUGUUGUGGAAGUGGCCCUUGGAGAGGACUGCCAAGCUGUGGAGGAAAAAGGAGCCAAUUGACAGAGUAUGAGUUAUGCGAGAAUGCUGGAGAUUAUUUGUUUUUUGAUCAUGGUCACCCCACGGAGAAGUGCAACCGCCAGUUUGCUACAUUGCUUUGGAAUGGUGUCCCCAAAGUGGUCCGACCUUAUAGUGUCAAAUCCUUAUUUGAGUAAGCUGCUAGCAAAUUUUAACUUUUAAGGUUGAAACUUGAUAAUAAUUAAUAAAUCUAUUUUGAAUAA